AUGUGGUGGGAAGCAGCAGCCAUGGCUACAGGUUUUCAUGUAGAGAGACUAAAGGAAGAAGCAAAAUGUCCAAUCUGCCUGGAUUUCUUACAGGAUCCAGUCAGUGUGGACUGUGGCCACAGUUUCUGCCUCCAGUGCAUUACCGAAUUCUGUGAAAAAUCAGACAGUUCUCAAGGGAGUGUAUACUCCUGCCCCCAGUGCCGAAGUCAAUUUCAACAGAAUAACUUUCGUCCCAAUAGACAACUGGCCAGCAUGGUGGAGAGCAUCAAGCAGUUGGGCUUAAGCUCCAGUACAAAGAAAACCUGUUUAUGUGAGAUUCACAAUGAGGAGUUGAACCUCUUUUGUGAAGAAGACCAAAUCCCAUUGUGCUGGAUCUGUGACACUUCCCCAGAGCACAGAACCCACAAGACCAUUCUUCUAGAGGAAGCUACCAGAAGCUAUAAGGUAAAAGUCCAGUUGGCUUUAGAACAUGUAAAGAAGGAGAUGGAAGAAGCGUUCAACCAAGAAACCAAUGUGGGGAAAAAAAUAGUCAUUUGGAAGGAAAAGGUGGAGCUAUGGAGACAGCGAUUCAUGUUGGAGUUUCAGAAACAGCAUGGAUUUCUGGCUCAGGAGGAGCAGCAGCAGCUGAGGAAACUUGAACAGGAGGAGAGAUUGACCAUACAAAAACUGAAGGACAGCAAGGCCAAACUGGCUCAGCAGAGUCGAACCCUAAGGAAUUUAACUGAGGAAUUGGAGAAAUGUAGUCAGUGCACAGCUUGGGAUCUACAGGAGAAUGUGAAAGACAUCUUGAGAAGGAGUGAGAAUGUAAAAUUCCAGGAGCCGGAACUCAUUUCCAUAGACCUGAAGACGAUGUGCUGUAUCCCUGGAAUGAUGAUGAUGUUCAAGAGGUUCCAAGUUAAUGUGAGGUUGGAUCCUGCCACAGCUCACCCUAGCCUUCACCUGACUGAGGAUCAACAAAGCGUUUGGGAUGAAAAUGUAUGGCAAGAAGUUCCCAACAACUCAGAGCGAUUUGAUACAUGGCCUUGUGUCCUAGGUAUGGAGAGUUUCACUUCAGGAAAACAUUACUGGAUAGUGACUAUGGAAGAUAAGACAGAGUGGGGGUUGGGAGUUUGCCUGGAUACAGCCCCACGAAAGGGGGAGGCCACACCAUCCCCUGAAAAUGGAAUCUGGGCACUGUGGCUGCUAGAAGGGAAGGAUUACAUGGUUCUUGCAUCUCCAUCAGUUCCAAUCGUCCAAGAGAGACGGCCAAAAGGAAUUGGAGUUUUCUUAGACUGUGAAGCUGGGGAAGUGUCCUUUUACAACAUCACAGAAGAAAGUCACAUCUAUACAUUCACCCAAGUGUUAUCAGGGAUCAUCCGGCCCUAUUUCUUCAUUUGUGACUCAGCUCCUUUGACUCUAACAGCAGUGAUAGAAAGGAAAAAUUAG